CCUGCUUGCCUGCUUGCCUCUUUGCAGCCUGCAGUGCCGCGCAUGACUGCACCUAGCCAAAAGCAAAGACUGCUUUUUGCCAUCAUUUGUCGUGAAGAUCACUGCUGUGAAAAAUACGGCACGGCGAAGCACUUGCAUCACAUCUCCAGCACUUUGCACUCUGUGCUCUCCCAUCUCUCAGAGGCAGUAUGCUGCACAAACUACUCCUGCUGAGCGCCUGCGUGCACGCAUUGGUGCCACCGCAAAGCCGCAGGACGCACCUAACGAAGCGGCACGCGGAACCGGACCUCGCCACCCUCUUCGCCGAGACGCCCUGCUUCGCCCUAGCGGACGCGGACGGCCAGCUCGCCCUGUUAGAUGAUGGCAAAAAUAAAGCUAUAGAGUUCUACAUCGAUGCAGACGUAGCAGUGAAAAGAAAACAAUACUGGGACGUCGACGGCGACAAGCUUACCGUCAAGCCGCUGUCGCUGGGCAAAGCUUUAGCUGCCUACGGUGAUGAUGAAACGGCCGCGCGCUUCGUCGCGUCACCAGACGAGCUCAACGAAGCGCGGCGAAUCUUCGUGCGGUGCAGUGGCGGCGACGUGCCCGAGUCCCUGGAAGAGCUCCUCGCGACGUACGAGGCGCUCGACCCGCGGAAGAGCUUCGCCACACCACUCGACGUGCCCUUGUUCUGCAUCGACGCGCUGCGGCUCUCGGCGGACGAGCCGGCGCCCUGCUGUGUGGAAAUCAAAUUUCGGGCACCCCCCUCCGUCUGUGUGAUGGCGUGGCGAUUCCACGCCAUCGACGCGACGUCGUGGGCGCGUCGGCUCGAUGGCGUGGAGGAUGACCUAACUCACUGGUUGAUUUCCACACAGGCGCCCUGGUACUUCUCCUCCAAGGACCUCCUCGAGACGUGGGAGACCGCGUCGGGCAAACCGCGAGAGGAGGCCUACGACAGCAUCUCGAUGAUGAAUUUGAGAGAAAUGCUCAAGGUGCUCCGGUCGCCCAAGGUGCCGGUGAAGCCCUCGACGUUCCUCGCGGCGAUGGCUAAUUUGGAAGCCGUCGGGCGGCGGUGACGACUGUUGUAACUUAAACUUAAACACACAAUACUAAUCUAAGAAGCGGC